AUGGCUGAAGGCCUCUUCACGGACGAGCUCGUCAGCCCCGAAGUGGCGGCGGUGCUGCCGACGGGUUACCGGGUGCGGUCGCUGCGCCGUACCGACUACGCCAGCGGGUUUCUCGACUGCUUGCGCGUCCUGACGACGGUGGGCGACGUCAGCGAGGCCGCGUUUGUGGAGCGUUACGACUGGAUGGCUGGGCAGAACGGGAGCUACUUUGUGCUCGUGAUCGAGGACACGGCAGUCGGCAAGGUGGUGGGAACAGGGGCGUUGCUGGUGGAGCGCAAGUUCAUCCACAACCUUGGCAUCGUCGGCCACAUCGAGGACAUUGCGGUGGCCAAGGAUCAGCAGGGCAAGAAGCUGGGCCUGCGGAUCAUCCAGGCGCUGGACUUCAUCGCCGAAAAGGUCGGCUGCUACAAGAGCAUCCUGGACUGCAGCGAGGCCAACGAGGGCUUCUACGUCAAGUGCGGCUUCCGGCGCGCCGGCUUGGAAAUGGCCCACUACUACGAGGGCGCCAAGAAGAGUACAUGA